GUCUUGUACAGCGUGCGACUGAGGCGCUCUCAAGCAACUGGAAAAGUUUCAUAAGUCUGCGAUCGCCAUAAUGUACGCAAGCUCACCACAUAUCCUCACAAAAAGCACACGAACGUUCUCAGUUCAAGGUGCCGCCGCCUCGAGCCGCGCUCAAAGGACCUUCGGUGCUGGACGCUCUGUUGACCUCUCUACCCGCAAGCUGACACCCGGCAUUGAUGUGUUGAAAUCUCGACGUUACUCCGCGCGCGUCGCGCGGAAGCAGUCGUUGUGUGUUCGCGCCGAAAAGGUGGUCGGUAUCGAUCUCGGAACUACAAACUCAGCGGUUGCCGCAAUGGAAGGUGGCUCUCCCACUAUAGUUACAAAUGCUGAAGGCGGACGUACGACACCUUCAGUUGUUGCGUAUACGAAGACUGGUGACCGCUUGGUCGGACAAAUCGCGAAGCGACAGGGGGUCGUGAAUCCUGAAAACACCUUCUUUUCUGUCAAACGUUUCAUCGGUCGCAAAAUGGACGAAGUAAACAGUGAGUCUAAAGAGAUUCCAUACUCUGUUGUCAACAGUGCCGGUAAGGUGAAAAUUGAGUGCCCGGCACUUGGAAAGCAGUUUGCAGCCGAAGAAAUCUCCGCUCAAGUGCUUCGCAAGUUGUGCGAUGAUGCGGCUAGUUUUCUUGGCGAUGCAGUAACAAAAGCUGUGGUUACUGUGCCGGCGUACUUCAAUGAUAGUCAACGACAGGCUACUAAGGAUGCUGGCCAGAUUGCGGGUAUUGAAGUUUUGCGAAUUAUCAAUGAACCGACAGCAGCCUCACUUGCUUACGGUUUUGAUCGUAAGUCGAACGAGACUAUUUUGAUUUUCGAUUUAGGAGGUGGUACGUUCGAUGUAUCUGUUCUUGAAGUCGGAGAUGGUGUCUUCGAGGUUCUGUCAACUUCCGGCGAUACUCACCUCGGCGGUGAUGAUUUCGACAAGCGUAUCGUGGAGUGGUUGGCAGGCGACUUUGAAAAAUCUGAGGGCAUCGAUCUCAUGAGUGAUAAACAAGCGUUACAAAGACUGACCGAGGCUGCUGAGAAGGCGAAAAUGGAACUGUCAACCACUUCGUCAACGUCCAUUUCGCUGCCUUUCAUUACUGCCACGGCAGAUGGACCAAAACACAUCGACACUUCUCUCACCAGACCAAAAUUCGAGCAACUAUGCGAUGAUCUGAUUAAUCGUUGCAAAGUUCCUGUUCAGCAAGCGCUGAAAGACGCGAAGUUAAGUCUAGCGGAAGUUGACGAAGUGAUUCUUGUUGGAGGCUCAACACGCAUACCUGCUAUCCGCGAAUUGGUCAAGAGUCUCACUAAGAAGGAACCGAACAUGAGCGUAAACCCCGAUGAAGUCGUAGCACUUGGCGCCGCUGUGCAAGCUGGGGUACUCGCUGGUGAAGUCUCGGACAUCGUUCUACUUGAUGUGACUCCGUUAUCCCUUGGCCUUGAAACGUUAGGAGGGGUGAUGACAAAACUUAUACCUCGAAACACAACACUUCCCACAUCGAAGUCAGAAGUGUUUUCCACGGCCGCUGACGGACAGACCAGCGUCGAAAUCAAUGUUUUACAAGGCGAGCGCGAAUUCGUCAAAGAUAACAAGAGUCUUGGAAACUUUAGACUGGACGGCAUACCCUCUGCUCCUCGUGGUGUACCGCAGAUUGAGGUCAAGUUCGACAUAGAUGCUAACGGUAUCCUUUCGGUCGAAGCUUGCGACAAGGGCACGGGCAAGAAACAGGACAUUAAAAUCACUGGAGCUUCUACGCUUUCGUCUGAUGAAGUCGAUCGCAUGGUCGCCGAUGCGGAAAAAUUUGCAAGCGAAGAUGCAGCAAAGCGCGAACAAGUCGAGGUGCGAAACAGUGCUGAUUCUAUGGUUUACCAAACCGAAAAACAAGUGCAAGAACUCGAUGAAAAAAUACCGCAAGAUGUCAAAGAAAAAGUUCUUGAAAAAGUUGCUGAGCUCAAGCAAGCCAUAGCGAGUGAUGACUUAGAGAAGAUGAAAACCGCACAAGAAGAUUUGCAACAGCAAGUUAUGGCGAUGGGCCAGGCGAUGUAUCAAGGGACUGGUUCUGAAACCGGACAAGAAGCUUCGACUGAUCCUUCUCAAGAUGAUGUCAUAGAUGCAGAGUUUUCCAGCGAUAAAUAAGUUCACUUCGACUUGGCGAAUUUCUCCCGGUCUUGCUUCUCAGUGAAAUGAUUUAAUGAUACGCACGCCGAACAUUCUUUCCGACCUCACUUCACCGCACUUCGCAUUUUCUCGAGCAAUGAACGUGCACUUUCUCUUGUUGCAGGGAGUUUGUCGUGAACCUAAAUAUGAACCAUUUAUUCAGUUUGUACGAAAUACUCGUAGAAAGCAAUCCGUACCAGGGCCUCUAAUUUCCGUUCCCAGACUGCCCGCGUGCCCUCGCCCUUGAAAUGACUUGAACCAUAUACUUCAUAAUCACUCAAAUUCAACUCACCUCACAAAUAGUCCCAAACGACUCACCGGGAAGAGAAUCAUUCAAAUUCUGCAUCAGAACGCUUCGAAAACUUGCGUUUGGAUUAUCAACAUUUUCUAAAGACAAGUUCACAAGUGUAAGCGACAAAUUAGUCGACAACGCUGCCAGUGCUUUCCUUGCUUCGACAGCCACAAAUUUCUUCCCCGAUGAGUUCAUCUCAAUCAAAUUACAGAAGCAUCGCUGGAUCGAAUCUUCAUCCUUCAGUAUCUUGGACGUAUCGUAUCCAUCGAUGAUCUCUGUUGCGCAGAGUAGGGCUGACUUGCUUACAACACUUCGCAGGUUUCGCAUUUGUUGCAAUAUUGAGUGCAGUGCUGGUUCAGCAUGGCUCUCGAACGCAUCUUUAUGGAAGCGAACAAGACGUCGAAUAUAUAGCAUCGCAUUGCAUGAUAUCAUCCACUCUUUGCUACUUACCUCACUCACAACACGCGCAAUCGAAGUGCCGGGUUCUUCACAAGAUGAGAGUUGGUCGGAACUUACAUAGAAGGACGAAACAUCCACUUGGGGAGGCUCGUCUUCUCUCGCCAACACGCCCCUCUCUGGCAUAGCGAUUCAGAUUUGGAUUACCGUAAAAUGAGAUAAGCACGAGAUGAGCAGUGACGCUCGUGGACUGUAAGAGCGUCUACACGGACGCGCCCGGGCUGAGACCUGAAGUAUCCCGUCGAGCUAAAAUGUCUGAAGUGUCUGAAUGCUUCAAUAUAGAUACGGGUUUUCUGCUGUUUGUACUGUAUUUUGUACCGAACAUCGCGGGUUGGUAUUACCUAGCGUACAAACAACUGCACGUAUACAAUCAAAUACGACAGAGAGCGUCACCUGUCGGAGCAGGACAGUAGGGCGUGCUGCGAAGAUGCAAACUCAGAAUGAGAUCGAUGAUCUAACGAUGCAGAUCAAGGUAUUCGUUUGAAAGCUCAUCUAUCUCCGACUGAUUGCUUCCAAGGAUCCAAGCAGAGUGCGUGGCUCUGGUUACAUCCAGUUUCCACCACAGAGGCCUUUUGCUACUCCUGUUAUAGUGCAACCGCCGACUAUCUGUCAAUCCUCGCACGUUCGUUCAUCGGUUCCACGGACCCAAUCUUCAGUGGCUAGAGCACCUCAGGUGGUCACUCCACGGUGUGUGUCUACCGAAGUGCAUGAAUCUACGGGUACGGGUGUGGAGUCGGUUAUCAGUUCAGAGGUACGCGCAACACGGUUUUGUCUUAUUUCGAUCUGAGAAACUCCCUGACAGCCGGGCCUCGCAGCACCAAUCAUCAGCAACCAGCCGGCUGACUUGAAGCUGUCGCGUUCGC